UUUGAAACCACAGUAAUGGGGAAGACUGCUGACAUGGCAAUGGUCCAGAAGACAAUCAUUGACACCCUCCACAUAGAGAGGGAGGACCUCAGCUUCCAAAGCAGACCAAUCACAGCUGUCGUGAUCUGUGUAGACGUGACAGCAGUAACUGAUUCUGAAAAACAUCAGACAGACAGCUCAGCUCUUCAGUUGCUGGUCAAGAUGAGAGGUUUACUGUUUCUGCUUAGCGCUCUGUUCCUCCUGGACUCAACAAAGGGAACAGAAUAUGAGAAGUUAAAUGAACAUGACAGAGAAAUUGUUGACAAGGCAAUAGAGCAAGGCAAUAAGGAUCAUGGAAAUGGCAAACACCUUGACUUUUUCAUCAUCGCCAAUAGAGAUACCAAUCUGCUCAAUGUGAUACUGAGACCCACCUCAUGUGCCAGCACAACACCGAGUGUCCAUCGGAAAGACUGUAAAACCGAAGACAAGAGACCUUAUGUUUCCUGUAUUGAUUGUAAUGGAAGGAUGGAACCAUGUUUACGUCUAGGACAAAUAGCAGAGAUAAAUAAAAGGAUAGAUGAAUGUCCUAAAAGUCAUCAUACUGGGAGAUCUCAUCUACUGUUCCAAAAAGGAGGAAAUGAACAGCAACAAACUGGAUGCCUUGGAUGCAUCUGAGAUGUAAAAAGGAUCAACAUUUGGGGGAAAAAACGUAAAGUUUCUUAGUGUGUUGCAAAAAUGGAUGCACAUGGCCAAGGGAGCUAGACGUCUGUCUAAAUAUAAGAAUAACCAUAAUAACUUAUGACUUGAGUAACAAGCUAAAGUAAUUAAAAACCACAUUUUCUUUGCGAGUAACUGUAUGUCAUCUUUGCCAUUCAUCUGUGUUAUAUAAACUGUUGUAUUGUUUUUGUUGUGAGGAUUCUCUGUGAUUUGUAUGAGAUCCUCCUGGCCAUGAUUAAACUAAAGCAUAUUUAAAGGCA